AUGUCGAGCGCACAAGCCGGAAAGAAGGGCCGUUCGGCCAUCUCUGAUGUUGUCUCCCGAGAGUACACCAUCCACCUCCACAAGAGAGUUCAUGGCGUAUCUUUCAAGAAGAGAGCUCCACGAGCUAUCAAGGAGAUCCGUGCUUUCGCUGAGCAGGCUAUGGGCACCAAGGAUGUCCGCCUCGACCCUCAAUUGAACAAGAAGGUCUGGGAAUCCGGUAUCAAGGGUGUCCCAUUCAGACUCCGUGUCCGCAUCAGCCGUAAGCGUAACGACGAGGAGGGUGCCAAGGAGAAGCUCUACUCUUUCGUCCAGGCCGUCAACGUCAAGGAUGCCAAGGGUCUCCAGACCGCUGUCAUCGAGGAUGCUUAG